UGUCUGUCUGCCUUAAUCCAGCAUGGUCUGUCUGUUCAUGCUUUAUUGACAUGAAGCAAACACAGGAUGUUGGUGAGGGUGGUAUUUUCUAGUACCAUCUUUAGUGGUAGUUAACAACUGCGAACUGAAUUGAACAGUAUUCAAUUCAGAGGCGACGAGUAUUUACUAUCUGAACGUUGAGGUUCUAGUGUGAAUCUCGAUUUUACGGUCUUGCUAACGGGACAGUGAAUGCUGCAAAACUUUAUCUCGCGAGAAGCGACUUCCCUGAACAACAUUGUACGUGGCUUCACAGCUGAGGAUUGGGAGUGUUUACUGGGAUGCACUGGUUUAACUAGAGAUACAGAUAUGCGUAUUGACAACAUAUGAACGUCGCUUAAAUGUUAUGUGUAGUGAAUUCAUGUCUGUGAGUUUGGACACGGAGCGGUAGCUGGUGUUGCUAACGCCUCCUCGUCAUCCAGCAGCAGCUUUCCCUGCUGAUCAUCCACAGCCCGUCGCGGACAUGGCGGAGAGCGGGUCGUCGGGUGAAUUCUCCGGCUCUCUGACGAGCUCGACACUUCCGCCGCCGAGGACCCGCAUCUUCAAAAUCAUUGUGAUCGGGGACUCGGGUGUCGGGAAGACUUGCCUCACGUACCGCUUCUGUGCCGGCAAGUUCCCCGAGAAGACCGAGGCCACGAUCGGUGUGGACUUCAGGGAGAGGCUGGUCGAGAUCGACGGCGAGAAUAUCAAGAUCCAGCUGUGGGACACUGCAGGCCAGGAGCGCUUCAGGAAGUCCAUGGUGCAGCACUACUACCGUAACGUGCACGCUGUUGUCUUUGUCUAUGAUGUUACCAACGCUGCCAGCUUCCGCAGCCUCCCCGCCUGGAUCGAGGAGUGCAAGCAGCACGCUCUGGGCACAGAGGUUCCUAGGAUCCUAGUCGGAAACAAGUGUGACCUCCAAGACUCCAUCCAAGUUGGCACGGAUGUGGCACAACAGUUCGCCGACGCCCACUCCAUGCCCUUGUUCGAGACGUCUGCAAAGAACCCAAACAGCCAGGGGGACGGAAGCUGCGGAAACAGUGACCACGUCGAGGCUAUUUUUAUGACGGUGGCCCACAAGCUCAAGUCUCAGAAGCCUCUGGUGUUGAGCCAGCCACCUGGAGGAUCAGGGGGCACCAUCAACCUGAGCAGGGGGAGGGAUGAUGGUGCAGAUGGGGCCAGGGGCUGGGGCUGCAGCAGCUGCUGA